AUAUAUGUAUGGUUCCGCUGCCUAAAGCUCAGCGCUUACAACAAGUUAUUAGAAAGAUAAGGGGUGUAGAUAUGGUCAUUAAGGAAGAGCGAGUCCUUCACAUGGUUGGAGGAGGUGGGGAAACCAGCUACGCCGCUAAUUCCAGACAUCAAGAGAAAGCGAUUUAUCGAACAAAGCCCAUAUUGGAGACCGCCAUAGCAGAGAUGUACAGGAGGACGCCGCUCCCCGAGAGGAUGGUCGUCGUCGACCUCGGUUGUUCGUGGGGUCCGAACACCUUUCUUGUGGUCUCUGAGGUGCUUGGCAUCGUCGGUGACCUAUGUCGAAGGCUGGAGCAGAAGCCACCGGAGAUCCAGUUCUUCUUGAACGACCUCCCGGGAAAUGACUUCAAUAAUGUCUUCCGGUCUUUGGAAAGAUAUGAGAAGAAGAUGGAGGAGGAGAAGGGGGACCUGCUCGUGCCUCAUUACGUUGUGGGCGUUCCCGGUUCCUUCUACGGGAGGCUUUUCCCGUGUAACACUGUGCACUUCUUCCACUCUAACUUCUCUCUCAUGUGGCUCUCUCAGGUUCCACAAGGUCUCGAGAGUGAGCAGGGUGUUCCGGUGAACAAGGGCAACAUCUAUAUUGCGGAGAACAGUCCACCCCAAGUCGUGAAAGCAUACCAAGAACAACACCAGAGAGACUUCUCCACGUUCCUCAAAUCUCGUUACGUAGAACUAAGCAUCGGAGGGGGAAUGGUAUUAACAUUCCUAGGAAGAAGAAACAAACACCCAGCCAACGACGAGCUAAGCUAUCUUUAUGGAUUACUAGCAGAGGCCCUUAACACAAUGGUCUCACAGGGAAUCAUAUCAGAAGACAAAGUGGACUCCUUCAAUUUGCCAAUUUAUGGAGCUUCGAUGCAGGAAGUGAAGUCAGUGAUAGAGGAGGAAGGUUCAUUUGAUGUGGAGAAAGCGGAGAGUUUCGAGUCCAGUUGGGAUCCGUUUGACGACUCCGACAAUGUUCUCAAUGGGAAGAAUGUGGCAAGCACUUUACAGGCAGUGAUGGAGCCCUUGAUUUCACAUCAUUUUGGGGAUGCCAUACCCCAUACAUUAUUCUCACUAGUUGCCGAUAAUAUUACUGCAAGGCACCUCCUAAAAGACAGAUGCUACUACACCGUGUUAGUCUUUGCCUUGAGGAGGAAAGCUUGAAGGCCUGCAUGCAUUACAAUGAUAAUUCGCUGUCUAGAUAUAAGAACACGAUAUGUUGAUACUUAUUUGCAUGUCUCCUGCUCAAUCAAAAGAUAUCUGACUCGAUUUAGAUC